CCACCUCCUGCACCACAGCGCCAUUGCGCUUCCACGGCCAGCUACCGCUGCCGGAAUAUACACUGGUGGAUCUUUAACAGGUUCCUCCGGUCCGAUCCACCGCCAGCUUCCGACGUCGUACUCGGGCGGAUCGGUUCCACAAUGGGGGAACGGGGAGCAGAGGAGGACGGCUCGGGCGGCUCCUCCCUCUCCCUCAUGUGCCUGGAGGACGGCGCCGACCUCGACGCCGGUGGCUCCGCGGAGAGCGCCGACGACGGCGAGCCGGCCGUCGUUGCUCACAGCGACGCCGGUGAGGACCAGGAGGAGGAGUACAUGGACUACCUCGUGUCCAAGGAGAGCAGCUUCUGCUGCUCCCCUUCCUCCUCGCCCGUCUCCUCCGACGCCGGCGCCGAGACGCGCCCUUCGUCCACGGCGUCGUCAUCCGACGAGUGGUUCCGCUGCGCGCGCCACGCCACCGUCGCGUGGGUCCUUGAGACGCGGGCUUACUUCGGCUUCUCCCACCGCGCGGCGUACCUGGCCGUCUCCUACAUGGACCGCUUCUGCCUCCGCCGGUGCAUGGACGUGUCAGUGAUGCCCUGGGCGGCGCGGCUGCUGGCGGUGGCGUGCCUGUCCCUGGCGGCGAAGAUGGAGGAGUACCGCGCGCCGGCGCUGUCCGAGUUCCGCGCCCACGACGACUACGACUUCAGCAGCGUCUGCAUCCGGCGCGUGGAGCUGCUGGUGCUGUCAACGCUGGGGUGGCGCAUGGGCGGUGUCACGCCGCUGGAUUACCUCCCCUGGCUCUCCUCCAGGCUACGCCGAGGCGGCGGCGGCGGGCUCGUUGCCGCCAAGGCCGCCGCGCUUAUCUUCUCCGCCGCGGAAGCUGCCAGUGUGCUCGACUACCGGCCGUCCACCGUGGCCGUCGCCGCCGUCCUGGCGGCGGCCCACGGCGCCAUGACAAAGGAAGCGCUGGAGUGCAAUAUGAGCAGCCUCACUCCGUCCUGCCUGCUCGACAAGGACGACGUGCACGCCUGCUACAGCACGAUGCUGAGCGAGAGCUCCUCGCCUACGCCGAGCAAGCUGGCGGACAAGAGACCGCCGCCAUCCAGCUCCGGCUCGAUGACGUACGAGUCGGCCGACGCGGCCUCCUCGUUCGCGGCCACGGCGGGCCGGAGCAAGAGGGCGCGGCUGGAGAUGCCGAGCAUUGGCCCAUGAGAAGCACCGCCGGCCGGGACACGAUCGUUUUUUUUUUUUUGCCACUUGUCCUGUGCUGUGCGGCUGUGGCGGCCUGCCGGGGCUAAUCUUCUUCGCCAACUGUAGUUUUUUUUUCUUCUUCCAGCUUUGACUUUUCAGUUGUUUGAUUGAUCACGCGGCGCGCGCGCAGCACGCUCUGCUGGAGAAACGGUGACGCGCACGGGCAUUGCCCCGGCGUUGGAGAUGGAGGGUUUGGUUGCCUUU